AUGGCUAGUGAGGAGAGUUUUGUAUUGUUGGUUCAUCACAGAGGAUCGAUUAAGAGGAAAACACGAUCUGGUGUGAAGUUCACUGAUAAGGAUCCUCUCAGUAUUUUUAUCAGGCCUACGACAAGCUAUGAUGAGUUUGUGAAUUCUAUACUACAGAAACUUGGUCUGCAAGGCGUGAAAUGGGUCCUGUUUCAUUGUCGUCGGCAGUUUCUCGAGGUUAGGACACCUGAGCUGUUGGAGAAGUUGGUUGAUGUGGUAUCUAGCUCGGGGGGUUCGAACUGGAAUACCCACACUAUAGGCACGGUAGCUGGUUCUAACUCCAGACUUGUCGGUGCAUCUUCAUCCGUCCCUGUGAAUGAACCUCCGGUCGAGCCUGUCGCCUCCCCGUCGUUCGUUGUUGAUCUCAACUGUAGUGGAGGUGGAGAGGUUGGAAUAGUGGAUGUUGUGCCGACUUCCUUACAGUGUGCUGCCCCGGCUGGUCUGGGCGAUGCAUUGCUGGAUGAUGUUGACGAUGAUGAUGUGGAACCGGAUACCAUUGCUGAUGAUAUUGGAGCGAGUGAUCCUGCUGGGGCUGGAGGUGGUUCUAGCUUUGGCACACAGCAGUACCCUCCGCAUUUUUCAUCUUUGGACUUGGAUGCCAUGAGACAGGAGGGGGUUCCUGGGGAGCCUACUGGAUUUGGUGCUAGAGAUGGCCAGGGGUCAGCAGGUCUCACAGAGUUUCAGGUUGGUCAGCAGUUUCAGGAUAAAGAUGAGGCUGUGUUAAGUGUGAAUACGUAUAGCAUCCGACGCGGAGUACAGUACAAAGUGGUGAAUCUGACUAUCGCCAGUAUGUUGGGAAGUGUUCUGAGUUUGGGAAUGGGUGCACAUGGUUGA